UCCCUCAGGAAACAUUUGAGGGCAGGUUCAGAUUCCUGUGCACAACGAGGAAAGUUACGUAAACUUUAAUUUCUGUCGAAUCUUAUGCUGUGAAUUCACUGCAGACGCAACACACACAAUCUCGUUCUGUCUACACCAAGAACAGUGGCUAUGGCAUUAUCUUACGUUUCACUGGAAGAAAACCUCAGAUGUUCUAUUUGUUUGGAAAUCUUUAAGGAUCCUGUGGUUCUUACCUGUAGUCACAGUUUUUGUAGGAUCUGUAUAGAGAGAACGUGGAACCAGAAGGAGAUAAAGGAAUGCCCAAUGUGCAGGAAAAAAAUUAAGCAUUCACUUAUAAACAAUCUAGUCCUUAAGGAAACUUGUGAAACAUUCGCGCAGAAGAAACGCAGAAUGGAAGCUCAAGGAGUGAUAUGUCUGCUCCAUACCGACAAACAGCAUCUGUUCUGUGUGGAUGAUCAACAGCUGGUGUGUUUGCAGUGUGUGGACGAGGACCAUCAAAAUCACAACUUCUGCUCCAUCAGCAAAGCAGCGGAAAGACAAAGGACUGAACUUGAAAGACCAUUGCAGGUACUUCAAAUGAAAUUGGAAACCCUGGAUUCCAAAAAAUCCACCUUUUUGGACAUGCUUGUAAAAUUCCAGUCUCAAGUCCGGCAGACAGAGGAGCAGAUAAAAGUGGAGUUUGAGGAGCUUCACCAGUUCCUCAAGGAGGAGGAGGCGACCAGGAUAGCUGCUCUGAGGGAGGAAGAGGAAGAGAAGAGCCAGAGGAUGAAGGCAAAGAUUUCAGAAAUGAAUAAGUUGUUAACAUCUGUUUUGGAACAAAUUAACAAAAUCAAGGAUGACAUGAACAAUGAGGACAGUUUAUUCUUACAUAAAUUUAGAUCUACAGAAGAAAGAGCUAAGUACACUGUGCCAGAUCCUGAGGUGGGUCCUGGAGUUCUGAUUGAUGUGUCCAAACACUUGGGGAAUCUGAGAUACACGGUGUGGGAGAAGAUGAAGGACAUCUGUCCUUACUAGCCUGUACUUCUGGACCCAGCUACCCUAAGGGCCAAACUUCAAUUGUCUCCAGAUUUGAAUAGCAUUACAUUUGGACAGGAACAAACUCCUAAAGUCUCACCAACCAAGUGUGUCGAAGUGCCAUUCAUCCUGGGAUCUGAACGUUUCACCUCAGGAUCGCAUACCUGGGAGAUGCAGGUUGGACCCUCAGAACAGUGGGCUGUUGGAGUCAUUAAAGAAUCUGAUAAAACAAAACCAAAUCCUUUCUACAUUAUUAAUAUAUAUGCUUAAAGGUAAAUGUUCAUGGAAUCCAGGGGCUGCCAAGAUUAAUAAAGUCUGUGUUUCUGGAAAGUGAGAAAAGACAGGUGACAUUCACUGAUCCUGAUUCAAACACAACAUUAAAAACACACACAUAUGCAAUCCCUGAGAAAAUGUACCCAUGUUUUUUUAGCUUCAGCAAAUUUCCAUUGCCUAUUCUACCAGCCAAGGUUUCAGUUUCCAUUUAAGAACAAUGAGUAUUCAACUCAUUGCUGAACCCUCUACCACAUCCAGAGUGCCUUCAUACAAGUCUGCAUUAUCUACUGUUCUUUUCUUUAUGUUUAUUCUUUUCUCAUCUACUACAUGCAUACUCCCUGACCACAAACAUGUACGCAGAAUAAUUAAGCCAGUGUCAGUAUGAAUUCCAGGAAAAAAUAAAUGAGUUAACUUUUAUAUUUAGAAUUACGAUAUUUCAAACAUUGACAUGGUUCUUUUAAUUAAUGGCAUGUGUAUUAAUUUAUGUGUAACUAAUAUUAAUCACCAUAAUACUAAGGUGUCUCAUGAUUCACAUUUAUUUUACAUGUAAUUGUUUUGUUCUAAUUACUGUACAUUUAUUUUCUGCAUAAUUGUUUUGGUUUAUAGUGCAUCAUUUCAUAUAUUGAUCUGGGUUUUUUUUAAUCCUUUUUUUUUUUUUUUAUCUGACUUGACAUGCAUAGUUGGUGUCCAAGAGAACUGUCAAAUUCAACCAAUAAACUUAAUCUCAUUGAACAACACCUUUGUUAACCUAGUAAUGUAUUUAAUUAGAUUACAGUUUAAUGUGAGGUGUAGCAUUUUAUUAUAUACAUUUGUCCAGGAAAGAUGUGUGCGUGUGCAUUUUUCAAAGGAUAAUGCUGUGUAUGAAUAUUAUGCACAAAUGUUACACACGUGUGUGUUUGUGUGUGUGUGUGUGUGUGUGUGUGUGCGUGUGCAUGCACAUGCAAGAGAUGGUGACGAGUCAGCGACAUGAACUUUAUUUGCACUUCUAACAUAUUUGGAAAGACUCACAACUUGAUUAAUUGUUUGAAUAAAACCUCUGUCUGAUCUCA